AUGAAGUGGAGGCAGCUUUUCUGUUUUGCGUUCUGUGUGGUGGAGCUGUCUGCUGUGGCCGAGUCCCUGGCAGCCAGCCCCACCUCCCUGGGGCUCAGCAGUGAGCAGUCGAGCCCCCAGCCCAGCCAAGCCCCCACGCAGCUGCUGAGCACCACCUCGGAGCCGGAGCCGGACCACACGAGCGGAGGGCUCUCCACAGCCAAGCACCCAACAACACAACCCAGCACGACGGCAGAAGCCCCAGGGUCCAUGCCAGCUCUGACGAGCUCUCCUGCCACCUCGGGGCAUCCUCCCGUCUCAGAUACCACCACAGCACUGCCCACAGUCAGGGAGAGCCUGAAGCCCAUCACAUGCCACAAUGUCAAAGAAGUGAGCGACACCGGAGCCAUCUGCUUGCAGCUCAACGAGUCCAACACUUGCAAACAUUUUUUGGAGAGGAAGGGGUCGGACUUGUGGAGUGCAAUAUGUGAAGACAACGCCCACCGCGUUCCCUCCCCCUGCCAGAUUAAACUCGCUAAAUCCGAGGUGGACCGUGACUGCAUGCUCCUCAUCCUCGUCGGUGAGAGAGAUCCUGCUGCAGAUAUGCUCCAGGAGUCUCACUGGGAAAAGUUUGGAAUAAAAUCCCUUAAGCGGGGGAGUGUGAGGAACCACCAGGACUUUUCUCAGAAGACCUUGAUCGCCUUGGUCACGUCUGGACUCUUGCUGGCGUUCCUGGGCUUGGCUGGCUCUUUCCUGAUGCGGCGGGCUGAAGACCCAUAUUACACGGAGAAUGGUAGCCAGGGAAACACGAUGUUGAUGAUGCCUUCCCAAGAGCAACCCGAGCUGCAGGGGAAGCCAAACCUC